AUGCACCUACUGGGCCUCUCGAGCGAGCUACCUCUAAUGAUCUUGGAAUGCCUUGAAUCAGAGCAAUAUAUCAAUGCGUUCGUUCGCACGCAUUCGCACUUCUAUACCCAUUUCAACACCUAUCUGUACACCCGCAUUGUGAUCGCGUCCCAAAGUUCAGCCAUCAUUUGGGCUGCGAGUCAUGGGAUCACUGAGACAUUAAAAAAGUCGAUUCAGCAAGGUGGCAAUAUCGAAGUUCGUGAUGCACUCAGUGACAAUACACCUCUGGCAAUCGCCAUAGAACAUGGACAUACCGCGGUCGCAAGCCAACUGCUGGACGAAGGGGCCGACGUUUCGGCCCGGAAUAAAGAUCAACAGACGCCUCCCUUUAAAGCCGCUCACCUGGGCGAUGAAUCUCUGGCGCGCAGGUUGAUCGAUCUGGGUGCCGAAGUGGAUGCGAGUGAUGAAAACUGGAAAUCACCAUUACGCUAUGUCCUCUAUGGAAAACACAGUAGUGUGGGAUCUAUCACAAAUAUCAAGCCAAUGCCGCCCUUGUACACUGCAAUUGUGAACCUCGAUGAAACGAGCGUUCGGCUUCUUUUGGAGUACCGGGCCGAUCCUGAAAUUCCAGGCCACUUCCCACAGCCGCUUCAUAUGGCGGCACGAAAAGGCCAUGUAUGCGCUGCUCGGCUUCUGUUGGAGAGGGGAGUAGAUCGCACACGCAAAGAUCCUUCGGAUCGGACACCAAUGGAUCUAGCGGAAUGGGCAGGAUGGGGGCACCGGAUGAAGCCAUUGCUGGAAUAG